GUCUGCUCCGGCCGUCCUCAUCCCCCACAGGCCACAGCCACAGUCCAUCGACGCAGGCGGCGUUGUACGGCGCGUGGGGGCGAGAGAGAGCCAGCGAGGGGGAGCCGAAGCAUCGCCGCCUCCCGGCCGCCAGCGCCCAGCGGGCGGUCGGCAUGGACGAGGAGACGCAGAAGAAGGUGGAGUCCACGGUUCUGGAGAUCCUCCGGGGCUCCGAUAUGGAGUCUCUCACGGAGUUCAAGGUCCGCACCGCCGCCGCCGACCGCCUCGGCAUCGACCUCUCCGUCCCCGACCGCAAGCGCUUCGUUCGCCGCGUCGUCGAGGGGUACCUGGAGGCCCUCUCCCAGGAGGAGGACCAGAAGCAGAAGCAGGAGCAGGAGCAGGGCGGCGGUGCGGGCGAGGAGGGGAAGGACAAACAGGCUGAUGAGGAGGAGGAGGAGGAGGAAGAGGAAGAAGAGGAGGAGGAGCCGAGAGGUGGAGCGAAGAGGGAGUACGAUGACGAGGGCGACCUCAUCCUCUGCCGCCUGUCGACCAGUAGGAGGGUGACGCUUCAGGAGUUCAAGGGCAAGACACUUCUGUCCAUCCGCGAAUACUACUUCAAGGACGGCAAGGAGAGGCCCUCCAAAGGGAUAAGUUUGACAGUUGAGCAGUGGGAAGCAUUUCGUGAUGCCGUGCCUGCAAUAGAGGAUGCUAUUAAAAAGCUUGGAGAGUCAUCGGACUGAAAGCAUGUUUCAGAAGCCCUUUUUGGCCUGUACCAAAUCAGAAGGGCCUUCAUUCUGGCCCUUUACUAAGGGCCAGUACAUGGCUGUAAGUCCUCUAUGGAGUGGCUAGAGCUACUAGAGUUCCUAUAAACUUUUGUAGAACUUAUCCUUUAGUCAAGCUUCAUGCCUAGGGUAGACAGUUGGAGAUAUUUCUUCAUAUGCUCGUCUUAGCAUUGGAGUUGGUUAUGUUGCCGGCCUGUUUGCCACGCCAUCUCCCUUCACUUGUAUACUGACAUGCGUCUGGCCACUUUAUAAAAAAUCAUUCAUGGGUUCUAA